AGAUCUUUCCUUCUUUCUUAUAUCCGAUUUCUUCGGGAGGAGGCGAAGAGACGGUCACAGUUUUAUCCAAUGGCGCGCCGUCUUUUCGCCUGUUUCGGCCUCAAGAAAUCUUCAACUAAACCUAUCUCCGGAGGUAACAAUUCCGCCGCCGUCUCCGCAGAUAUUCCCGCCGGAGACGGACCUGUUCUCGUCCAGCUAUUCUCGUCUCAGGGAUGUAAAACAUCGCCGGCGGCGGAGAUGUUGAUGUCCCGGCUAGGUCGAGGUGAUUUCGAUGCUCAGAUCCGUGGAGAAGAUGGUGGAUCUGGAUCUCCGGCGAUGGUUUUGGUGUUUCAUGUGGAUUAUUGGGAUUACAAAGGGUGGAAAGAUCCGUAUGGAUCGAGCCAGUGGACGGUGAGGCAGAAGGCGUAUGUAGAGGCGUUGAAUCUGGAUACGAUGUUUACUCCGCAGCUUGUAGUUCAAGGCCGUUCUCAAUUGAUCGGAAACGAGGAAGAGACGCUGUUAAAAUCUAUCUCCGAAGCGCCUAGGUUUCCUUCUCCAGCGUUCAGGGCGACUUUCCAGAGACCAACCUCAGAGACACUGCAAGUAUCACUCACCGGAGCUUUGAGAAUGAAAGUAGAUGGAAACGGAAUGGACAUAAUGGUGGCGAUAUACGAAACCGGGCUUGUGAACGACUGCGAGAGAGGAGAGAACGAAGGAAGAAUGUUGUCGAAUGACUACGUUGUGAGAAAGAUGGAAAAGAUGUGCACUGUGAAAGAUGUAACACCGAAGAAACCAGUCUCGGGAACUGCUCAUUUUACGCUCUGGGAUGGAUUCAACAGCAGCAAAUGUGGAGUCGCCGUCUUUCUUCAGAAUUCGUCUCUUCAGAUUUUUGGUACACAAAGUUUCAAGUUACCUGAUGAGAUUUGAAUUAAUUCCCUAAUAUCUGAAAAAUAAAGAAAAGAAAAACGAUCUUUGUAUCGUCCAUAUUUUGCUUGUGAUAAUCAUCCGGUUUCCACUCUGCUUUGUACAGUUAUAUGUGUGACUACUUAUAGGGUUUAAGGUUUCUUCUAAUUUGUUUUUAUUUCAACUUAUAUUAUGAUCUAACCCUUCUCUUCUCAUGCUAAUUCAUUUGAUUUCUUUUUUAGUUAAAUCAUUAUGUCAUUGUUCCAUUCCACGAAUGUUGGUCCUGAUAAAUGUUGGGAUGGACG